AUGUCGUCAAAUGAGAAAUGUUUCGUGAGCAAAAAGUGUGAGUUAGAGGAAGUGAGACCAGCUCAACCAACUGUAUCGCGAAAGAAGCGACGAGUGGGUCAUGUGGAGCGCAACUUUUCCGAGUUUGUAUGUGAAAGCAUGGUCGAAAAAGAAAAGUCAAAAGUCCUUGGUGCACACCUUUUAGACGCGUUUUGGAAAGCAAAAGACACAAUCAGGCAGCUGCAAACGGAGAUUGGUCGUGCAUGUGGAGCAUUAGCAUGUGCAGAGAAUCUAUUGAACUGGACACAUCCGUGGAAAACUGCAACCGUCUUUGUUGGAAUAGCUAUGAUGUCGUUGGUGUUUUCAGUUAUUCGUGGCCGCUGGGCGAUUCUCGUUUUUGGUCUAACCGAAUUUGGUGCGGUGUUUGUGAACGAUGCUCCGACCAGCAAACGGCUUAAGAAGAUUGUGUGGAAUUACUUGUCGUCUCUUCCUACCGACCAAGAUCUAAUCGAGCUCUACGAACCCGAGCGUGCUAUUUACAUGAAAACACGCAAAGUACAGCAAGAAAAGGACGAAGAAACGGCGCUUCGUCUUCGUUAUCACGCAUUAUGGAUUGGAAACGUAUUCACAAAAGCUGAAGGCGAACGUCAUGCAAAGACCUGCUUUUUGGUCUAUCGUUCAUAUCGCUUUUUGCUGUGGAAAUGUGAAGAGGAUGCUAAUGAAGGUUCUCAACCAAAUCUCCAGCUUGUGAUUGAAAAGCCUCAAGCAGUCAUUGACAAGAGUAAUGACAAGGUAUUUACUUUUAAUGCGUCAGGAAGAAACAACAACGGAGACAUCGAAACUCGUGUGUUCACGAUGGAUUCAUUGGAGAAGAAAGAUGCACUAUUGAAUAUGAUUCGACAAAGUUGCAGAAUGUAG